UUUCAGGGUCUUGAUCUGCAUAUUUCUGAAAUUGACCAAUUGUGCAAUGAGUUUCCAUCAACAGUUGUAUUGCUUGAUCACUUGGCAUUUUGCAAACCACCAAUAAACGAUGAGGUGGGUCUCGUGUUUUCCAAGCUUUUAAAUCUAUCUAGAUUCCCACAGAAUAUUAUAAUUUUGAGUUAAUGACACGUAUAUGUGCAAUUUAGUGCUCUCUUCAGAGUAUCAAGGACACAAUUUCCUUAUCUAGAUUUGUCUCUUCUUUUGUCCCAAGUUGUCUCUAGCUUUGGUGCUAAUCAUGUAAUAUGGAGCAAUGAUUUUCCAUUUGUUGUUCCUGAAUGUGGCUACAAAGAAACAAUGCAUCUUAUUGCCAAUCAAAUGUAUUUGCCUUCAUCUGGUUUAGAGUUGAUCAUGGGUAUUAAAAACAUAUGUUAA